AUGAAAGUCGAUUUCCGUCAACUCAUGUUGGGCUAUAAAAGUGCCAAAGAUCUGCCCAAUGGCACACACAGUUCGAUGGUCCAUCGUCCAGAAAUGAUCUACGCAAUUCUAGUGCUCUGUCUGCUGGGCAGUUGUUGCCCAGCAAUGGCCCAGAAGGUCGAAAAGGAUCCGCUGGCCAAGGAACAAAAUACCCGUUUGGCCGGCAUCUAUGUGAAGGAUGGCAACGAAAAUGGCCAGCUGAGAUUCCUGGCAUCGGGCUUGAACAGUGGCAGCAGCAGCACCAGCUCUUCAAACACCGGUAUCAACUCGGCCCUGAAUCAGUACAUAACCAAUAAGCAGGAUAUGCUGGAGCAACUGCGUCCCACUUCGGGCACCACAUCAACGGGAACGGGAGCUGUUACGGGCACAUCGACGGGAACAACAGGAACGACUUCGGGAACCGGAACUGGCCUGGUCACCACGACUUCCAAUGGAGCUAUCUAUGUGAACCUGGGCAGUUCGGGAUCCUCAUCAUCAUCGUCUUCCUCCUCGUCGGCCACCAAUGCGGCCAUUAAUCAGGUCAUCUAUGGAUCCUCGCCAGUUGCCGGUCUCUUGCCGCAGAUCGUUGGCCAGGCGGUGUCCAGUCGAGUGCGUCCCGGUGGCCAGAACAAUAGGAGGCGCGUUCCCGCCCGUAGGCGCCGGGUCAACAAGAGGCGUGGCAGCAUUAACAACAACAAUCAGCGACGUCGCCGGCGUGGCAACAAGCGGGGCAAGAAUAAGGCCCAGGUGAUGGUGGUGCGACCAAAUCGCGGUUGAGAAGAGGAUCCACCGCCUUUCUUAGUUAAGCGAAAAAUUACUUUUUUUUUGCCCCCCAGCCAAGGAAUUUUUUUUUUUUUAAUGAUUACUAUUAGUAUGCGAGAAGGCAACCUUAUUUAUUUAUUUAAAUGAUUGAAAGCAAUUACACUCUGC